AUGGUGAGUCCCACAAGUGCUGUUUUCGUUGCAGUCGUCUUUCUGGGGUCACACUUUGUGGCAUGCUAUGCCCAGGGAGAGACAAGGAUAUCUGUAAAAAAGUGCGAUGAGUACCGCAGAAUUAUCUCGUCGAAACGAGGGAUAAUUUCGCUCACCUUAAGUCCUAAGCCAUUCUAUUAUCAGUCCUACAACUGCUCGAAUGUAGUGGAGCUGAUCGUUGGCGGAGAGGCCGCUAAGCAAGGCGAGUUUCCACACCACGCACUACUGGGUUAUCCUUUAGAAGAUGGAUCAACAGGCGGGUAUAGCUUCAGCUGCGGUGGCUCGUUGAUUUCGGAUCGCUUUGUUCUGACCGCCGCGCAUUGCUUCAGCUAUGGCAAUCCGGUGCUAGUGCGCUUGGGAGAGUACGAUCUGACGAUGGAUUCGGUCAGCCAGGUUGAUUUUGGUAUCGCGGAGAUCAUUCGACAUCCUGAGUAUCGGAACUCUCGUUCCUACCACGAUCUAGCGCUCGUAAGAUUGAACGAAACCGUGCUUUUUUCAAAAACGAUACGUCCUGCGUGUCUCUGGACCGAUCCCGUGCUCAACGUUAGUCGCUUCGUAGCGACCGGAUUCGGGAAGCUGGAGGAAGGAACCGUGGAGUUGUCUUCUAAAAUGAUGAAAGUGCAGCUGGAUCUGUUCCCAUCGGCUGAUUGCGGCCAACUGUUUCGAGAUAAUCGUAGAUUUCGUGACGGCAUCUCUGAAGGUCAGCUUUGUGUAGGAAGCAUUAUCGGCGGCAAGGACACCUGUCAGGGUGAUUCUGGUGGUCCAUUACAAACGAUUACGGAGCCACGCAGCUGCAUUUAUAAUAUCGUUGGAGUGACGUCGACAGGGGCUGCAUGCGGAAUUGGUCAUUCGAAAGCCAUCUACACGAAAGUGUCAUACUACCUGGAGUGGAUCGAGCAAAUCGUUUGGCCUAAAUGAACGAAGCCACCGUAA